AACGGUCGUGAAUCGAAGAAGCUAAGGCUCCGUCUACACCACUGCGACGUGUGGCAGUAGUGCGCGGUAUCAUCCGUUUCCUGCUUUACCCUCAUCGGGAACUGUGUGUCUGUGUGUGUUCGUGCGCUCGCGCAUGUUAUGCUGAGUAAUCAAUGAUUCCGUUUCCCAUUUUUGCAACCUACUAGCAUUUCAUUCAGAUUGAAGGGAGGUCAAAUUCGAAAUCAAAUUGUCUAGCAGUAUUCGCCGCAUUCGUUUACUAGUAUCUCGGACAACUUGCUUGAACGUUUCUCAGCUGUUAUCGACCGAUAAAACUAAGUGAUACCCUAAUGGUGAUAGAGAGAGAGAGCGGUGCACGGUGCAUCAGCCAAGUGAAUCAGAAGGGAGUUGUGUUGUGCGUGGAACCGAUUCUGCACCAAAAAACCGAUCCGAUAUCAUCCCCUCUCGUUAUUGGUAGAACCUCGACGUGCACAUCGUAAAGCUUGAUGCCCCAAAGGCCCGACCUGUUGCACCACGGUGCGGUCCGUUGAUGCGAUCUAGUGUGUUUGCGUUGUUAGGCUCACUAGAAAAUGAGCUCCCGGAUGAGCUGCAUCAUCAUUAGUGUUGCUGAUGCUGUUGGUGCUGCUGCUGCUUCUGCUUCUAGUGCUCUGCUGCUGGUGCUUCUGAUCAAUCGUGACAAACUGUGACAAAGAGUGGGCUCUGUAUAGCAGCCAGAAUCGGACGUGUUGUUUCGAGCGAAAAGACGUACAAAAGUGUGCUGUUACUUGUGUUUUUUUGUUUUGCGAAGCGAGUGUGUUUUGUGUGCGAAGGUUUCUUGUUUAUCGUAUCAGUUAGAGGAGCGUAUCAACAGCGAGCAGAGAAGGCGCAGAUGACGAUGGCCACAUUACUUAAGAACGUUACCAACAGCAUCUGGCACGCGUUCAAUGCGCUGCAGCAGGAUCGGGAUGGGUUCGUGAGCAAAUCGAAGCUGAAGGUCUUGACGGCCAAUAUUGCUACGCUGCUCGAUCUGUACGGUGUCGAACGUGGGCUAGACCAUUUCCGGUCAACGGCGACACUCAACUUCGAGCACUAUCGCUACUACCUGGCGCAGGAGGUGUUUGUUGGCGUCUCGAACGAGCUACCGCUGGCGGCGCUACGCAACUAUGAAACCAAAAUCGAUGAGGUCUGCUGGCUAGUGUGCCGUAUGAACUAUGUUACCCACGAUCAGGACUACACGGAGGAGGCGAUCUACCGGUUGUUCCGCAUCUUCUGUCUCGUCGCUGACCUCGCACCGGAUGCGUCCGAUCCAGACAUCUACUCGGUCAAGAUUCAUCCGCUGGAGGCGCUCAUCAUCAUCAAGCAUCUGCUGAAUGCGCUCGGUUUCAACUAUGACGGCGAUGGCGGUCGGUACGAUUACCUGCGGCAAUCGGACGAAUCCUUUGAUUUCGCCGAGCUGCUGGAGAUGCUGCGGUUCAAGAACUACGACAAGGUGAACGAUUACCGGGAGUCAAUCUGUGAGGCGAUCGGUGACAUGUACCAAACGCUAAUCGAAGACGUGAUUAAGAAGGGUUGCUUAUACCGGCGCGGUUACGUCCUACCAACAUUCCGGGAGUAUUUCUUCGUCCUGCGGCCCUGUGAGCUGUCCUAUUACAAACACCCGACCGAUCGGGAGGUGUGCGGUACGAUCGUACUCGAUUCACGGUUUAUGGUGAAACCGAGUCAACCCAGCUCGGGUCGGCACGAGCGCAUACAACGCUUCACGCUCGUGUCCGGUGACCGCACGUUCGAACUGGGCACCCUAGAUCACAAGACGCGCCUCCAGUGGAUAGCCGCGCUACAGCUGGCCAUUACGUACUCGACGGGUCGGGAAGGGUUCCAGCGCGAUACGGUCAAUCGGCGCCGACAGCAGCGCGAAAGUGAACAACGACGUCGGCUCGAGGAGGAACAGCUCCGCAGUCAGCAUUUGCGUAAACUGGAGGAAACGCACGUGCAGCUGGAACGUGAGAAACAGGCACGGAUGGCGGCGGAGUCACAGGCGCGUCAGUAUGAGGCUGUUGCACGGGAGGAUUCGCGUCGCGUGGCCGAACUGGAGGAUGUGAAGCUGUGCCUGGAGAAGAUGCUGGAAGAUGAGAUACAGGCGAAGCGGGACGAGGAAAUUGUGCGAGCACUCCAAGCACGCGUACUAGCGGAAGAGUGGGAAAAGCGUGAAGAGUUGGAGCAACUGCAAGCCGAACAGACGAGCCUGUUGGAACAGGAGCGUCAGAAGCGGAUUGAGUUCGAGGGUCGCCAACAACAGAACGAACAGAAGCUACUGGAAGCACAAGCGAUGCUGCGUCAACUGGAAGAGGAACGUAAGCGACUCGAUCGCGAGCUGAAGCUGGCCCGCCAGAAGAUCCAGCUAUCGGAGGACAAUAAAGGCAUUGUGGAGGCCAAACUACAGGCAAUGUCUCCCAGUAUUCGUAGCGGUAGUGCGGGUGAGUUCAUGAUCCGCCGGACGCAAUCCUUCGUGGCAGCCGAUCGACCGGUGCUGGUAGCGGGACCUAGAACAUCCAGUAGGUUUAGCUAGGACAGUUGGUGGGCAGUGGAGCACCGCUCUGGAUUGGAUGUAAUUUAUUAACCCGCGAUUCCGCGUUCUAGGUUUAAGCGUGUCUGUACAUUACCCUCUAAGGACUCUAACCAUUCCAGCUAAGUAAAGGGGGCGAGACAGAAAGUUGAAUAAAGUUCGAAAAACCCGAAA